AUGACAGAACAGUGUGCUGUGUGUACUCAACCAGGAUGGGAGAACUUGAAGGCCAAGAUCACCAUCAUGUUGGAAGGUUCUUGCACUGUUGGUAAAUACUGCCACAAGCUUUCUAUGUGUGCUUACGAUGCCGCAGCUUAUCCCAACUCCACUGGUGGUAUUGAAUAUGCAUGGGAGUUGCUCAACGAGUUGAAGGCCCGUACGGUUUCUGAUGGUAUUCUCACACAAGAGCAGUUCGACUUCCUCUUCGACAUCCACGGUUCUUUGUUUGCUAUUCAUGACUGGGAAUGGGUUAGGUGUUAUUAUAGCGAUAAGUUUUCUCGCGAGAUGGGGUAUUCUAAUUGUCUUCAUGAAUACCACACCUCCGCGAACAAGUGCCGAACAGAAUGA